AAACUCACUGGUACACCGUCAACCAGUUUAGUUGUACCUCUUAACUACAUCACGACUCAACCCAGGAAGACGGUGUGUGAUUUACGCGUUGUUCUCGGCUAUUCGUCUCUAUAAGAUCGCAUUCCUUCAUAGAUUAAGAUGAUUAAAGAAAUACUCCUGUUAGUCCUCGGUUUGACGAUAGUUGUAGCGCAAAGAAGAUUAGCUUUGCCCGAUCCACGUAGCUGUUCGAGCAGAAUUCGUCAUGCCACGUACCGAGAUGCCCGCGGAGUUACGCAUUCAUACUUCUUCAGUUGGGAACACGCUCCAACAAAAAGUUUAGAGGUGGACUGGCUGGACGCCAGAAACAUUUGCCGAAGACACUGCAUGGACGCAGUGAGCUUAGAGACUCCGCAAGAAAACGAGUUCGUUAAACAAAGAAUAUCUAGAGGAAACAUCAGAUACAUUUGGACAUCGGGACGAAAAUGCAACUUCAACGGAUGCGACCGUCCUGAUUUAGUGCCCGCUAAUGUUAAUGGUUGGUUCUGGUCUGGUUCUGGAGCGAAAAUUGGACCGACUACUCAACGUAAUUCCGGCGACUGGAGUAACACCGGAGGCUUCGGCCAAGCACAACCGGACAACAGAGAAGCACCACAAGGCAACGAUGAAUCCUGUUUAGCUAUAUUGAAUAACUUCUACCAAGACGGAGUGAAAUGGCACGACGUUGCAUGUCACCAUUUGAAACCAUUUGUAUGCGAAGAUAGUGAUGAACUUUUAAACUUCGUACGCUCUCGCAACCAAGGAAUUCGUCUUUAAGAAGCAAUGUUUAUUAUUUUGUAUUUAAAUUAUGGUUUGCACUCCGUGUGCAUUACAUAAUGUAUUCACUAAGCACAAAUAUGCACUCUUCAAAGGCCUCAAUAUUUAUUUAAAUUUUUAUUCUGAUAAAAUAUUUGUUUCCUGUUUUUGACGAAUGUGUAAUUUUACUAUCAAU